AUGUUCCUUGUUCCCUUGUCAAUAAGAAACAACUUGAGCUCUUUUGUAAGGUUUGAGCCAAAAAGAAGUGAAGUUGUUGUAAUGAAGAAUGAACUAAAAAUGCUACUGUGGAAUGAGGAAUACAUCGAGUUGGUUUCCAUUCCACUGCUAGCUCAGCAGGAAGAAACCUUGAUUUCUAAAGCCUUACCUACAAUAGAUGCCGCAAUUGUUGUGAGAGAUGAUGGUCUGCAUGUGUUUGCUAUAACAAAAGCAAAAUUCUACCAUUUCACAAAGGGAUUGAGCUCUUUUACUGAGAUUUCUCACAGCUUUUCCCAUCCGGAGAUCAAUGCUUGGGGAGAGAUUGUGGUGGUAUUUAGUAACAAUUCAUUUUAUUUGCUUACAAGGAAUGGGUUUAGGAACCUGCAUAUUUCCCCAUACUUCAGGAGCAUAGUCUCUUACUCCUGCGGAAAGUCAUUGAACACUGAUAUGAUUGUCUAUCAAACAGAUUCAUACACAAGCAUCUAUUCCGUCGACGGUAUUCCAAUUCUGGAAAAAUAUCCUUGCACCCAGAAAGCGUUUGUUGCAGACAAGGGAUUAGCGAUUCAAAAGGGAAACGAGAUAUCUUUGUAUGACGUUUCAUAUGGCAUUGAGUUAAUUGCAAGGAUAAAUAUGAAUGUGAGGAUUAAUGCCAUAUGGAAACGUUUUGAAAUAUCAUACGAUAUGCUUUACAUGAGUGGAAUCAGUAAUGACGGAUAUAUUCUCUAUGCAGACGGAUACCUAUUUAAUACAAAUGACCUUAUACAGUCUUUUGAGUUAUAUAGAAACUGCUUUAUUGGUGUUGGUUCAUCUUUCCUAUAUUUCCUGCCGAACGAUAAAGACUUUGAUUUGAAGCUCCUGGAUAGUGAGUACCGACUAUUGAACAAUGUCCUCAAUGGCAACUUCACUCCAUACACAUGUAGAAGCUUCAAGCUUUUUGAUGGAGAACAUCCAUGGGAAAAGGGGGAAGGAAAGAUAGGUAAAGCCGGGUACUUUCUAGGAUUUUUAGUGUAUUCCGGCUUCAAGGUUGAAUGCUGCAAAUUGAUCUGCAACACCCUUAACGAAGUGCAAAAUGACAAGAGAGGGAUCAGAAAACUAAAGAUUCUGAAUGAGGCUAUGAAAUUUGGGCAUAGAGCCUACAAAAAGUUUGUGAAUAUGGACAUAUGUGUAGAAAAGAUAUAUGGCAAGAUCACAGAGAUCAUUAACCCAGAACUCAUUAAUGAGGAGUUCUUGGUGGAUAUGGCCGAGGUUUGUUUUAGAGAUAUUGACUUUAUUGAAGUUCCUAGAUAUUUUCUUCUCAAAGGAAAAAAGCUUAUGGAGCAGGGAGAAGAGUUCAUGGAUUCAUUUUACAAGUGUAUUGGGCUAUUUGAAGAGGUGGUGAUGCUGUUGGAAAAGAACGAUAAGGCAGCUGAGAUAGUGCUCUUGUGGAAAAAAACCGGCUUUUGUAAAGGUUCUUCUCUUGAAUACAUUUGUAAGCAUAGUCUUGCUUAUCUCAUAUCUCAGAGGUGUAUCCAUGGCAUAAUCAGUGGAUGGGACGCCCUCCGAUGCCUUUAUGAAAUGUGGGAAAGAAACAAGGACAAGCAAAGAGCAUCCAAGGACAUCGUUAAAUUUAUAAGUGGAAGAUACGACCUGAUAAUUGGAUGCAUUCUUCCGCCAACUUUAAUAGCACUGAUGUCUGUAGAAAUAGUACAACAUUGCUUUAGAUCCUCUCUUGGAAUAGAUCAGGCCAUAUCAUUCCUUUUAUCGAAUGGGAGAUGUGCUGAUGCUUCAGCCUUAUACUAUCACUUGUUUACCACUACUGGAAGCCAAAUACAUCUGGAGGAGUCUCUGAAGAACAUCGGCAGUAGGGUCUUUAUAUAUGGAAACAGGUUUAUUGGUAGAGAAACUCUGGAAGAUCUAAAGGAAAGGAAAGAGCUGGAUUACAAGCAGGUUAUUUUGGACAAUAUUGAGAGGAUUAGGAAUAUGGACAAUGGAUGUUUAUGGACCAAUGUCUGUACAGCCGAGAAAUAUCCUGAUGAAUACAGUAAAUACCUUCGCCUUCUUGAUGAAAGGGAGGCAAUUUAA